AGCGCCGCUUCAAAAGAGUGUGAGGUACAACAAAAAAUAAAUAAAUAUAAGCGAGCUGCUGCACGAUAAACAAAUUGCAGCAUUGCAAAAGCAACGUAUAAGUGUGGCGGAUUUUGCUCCCAAAACGGCAACCACGUGAGUGAAAGCAUAAAGUGUGGAAAAAAUAGAACGUGAUGGUGCCCAUUGGAGCCGUACACGCCGGUCACCCCGGAGUUGUGCACCAGCAGCAGCAACCAAUGCCGACAGCCCCCAGCGGCCCGAACACGUUGCAGCCAAGCUCGGCCUCAUCGACAUCGACAAAUACCCCAUCGAACAAGAGCUCGUUGUCGGUUAAGCCCAACUAUACGCUCAAGUUCACGCUUGCCGGCCACACCAAGGCCGUAUCCGCAGUCAAGUUCAGUCCCAAUGGCGAAUGGCUGGCCAGCUCAUCUGCCGACAAACUCAUCAAGAUUUGGGGCGCCUACGAUGGCAAGUUUGAGAAAACCAUUUCUGGUCACAAGCUGGGCAUUAGUGAUGUGGCCUGGUCCUCCGAUUCGCGCCUGCUAGUCAGCGGCAGCGAUGACAAGACCCUGAAAGUGUGGGAGCUAAGCACCGGAAAGUGCCUGAAGACUUUGAAGGGUCACAGUAACUAUGUCUUCUGUUGCAAUUUUAAUCCGCAAUCGAAUCUGAUUGUGUCCGGCAGCUUUGAUGAAAGCGUUCGCAUCUGGGAUGUUCGCACCGGCAAAUGUCUGAAGACACUGCCCGCCCAUUCCGAUCCCGUCUCGGCCGUCCACUUUAAUCGCGACGGCUCUCUGAUUGUCAGCUCUAGUUAUGAUGGGCUAUGCCGCAUCUGGGACACGGCCAGUGGUCAGUGCCUGAAAACGCUGAUUGAUGACGACAACCCACCAGUAAGCUUCGUCAAGUUCUCGCCAAAUGGCAAAUACAUUCUGGCAGCCACGCUGGACAAUACGCUGAAAUUGUGGGACUACUCAAAGGGUAAAUGCCUUAAAACCUACACGGGACACAAGAACGAGAAGUAUUGUAUAUUCGCCAAUUUCUCCGUUACCGGCGGCAAGUGGAUUGUCUCUGGUAGCGAGGACAAUAUGGUGUACAUUUGGAAUCUACAGAGCAAGGAGGUAGUACAAAAACUGCAGGGACAUACCGACACCGUCCUCUGCACCGCCUGUCAUCCCACAGAGAAUAUCAUAGCCUCGGCCGCUCUGGAGAAUGACAAGACCAUCAAGUUAUGGAAGAGCGAUACCUAGGCAUUUCGGAUUGACCCGAAAACACCACAAACACACACACCUACACCUACACACAUAACUUUAUAAUAUAAUUAACUUUAUAUUUAACAUAUUUAAUUUAAAUGCCAAAAUUUUUUUAAAAUCCACACUAACCACUCGUGAAUCACAAUUGAAAACUCAUUGGCGAGGGCAAACCUUAAACAAACAAAACAAAAAAACAAAAAAAAAAACGCGAAAAAUUAAUAAUAAUGUUAAAUUAGCUGUGGAGUGAGGCAGGUUUUAACUUUAGGCAUCGUACACUGCAAAUAUUAGCUAAUAUUUUUUGGUGAGGACGAAGCAAUACGAAUUACAAUCAAGACACACACGCACACACCCUCUACAAAUAUAAAGAGAAGCCCCACAGAUCUGUAAAACCCUAAAAUGUAUACACACAAAAAAUUCAAAAAACACAAACAAAAAAAAUGUAAAAUUACAAAUGAGAAACACUAAAAAAUAUAUAAAUACACACACAAACACACAUAUAUAAGCAGAUGGCGUAGAAAGAAGAACACAAAAUACAUGUAAUGUAAAUUUGAAAUAAAACUUUUCGAUGCUUACCUAAGGAGCGCUCAAUUCGCUAAUUGACUCCAGUCCUUUUCGAAUUGAGCGGGCCUAAGUGCGAGUCAGUUUUGUAAUUUCUAGAAA